UGCGCCUGUGCGAAGCGGUCGACCGAAGUAUGGCGCCGGCCUAUGACAUUACCCUUUUUUAGGUAUCCAUAUCGGCGAUGAAGGUUACUGUCGUGAGGGUUUGUGCAAAAAUGGUGGUGAAUGUAUCGAUAAGUAUGAUGGAUACAGUUGUGAUUGUAAUCGAACACCUUUUGGUGGUUACCUCACCCUAUCAGUGUACGAUGGUUUCUUCUUCAACCACAAGAAUGUCGAAAAGCGGUGGAAUCUAAGCGAUAAUAUCCUACAUGAUAUAGCAUUUUGCGCUUCAGAAACUAGUUUCAAUCUUACGGUUUGUCACGGAGAUUAUGCUCAUGGGAAAGGAGUAACUAGUGAAUGUCAUGGUUUCAGUGGUCCUAGAGAAAAUGAUAAUGAAUGUGACAGCGCUGUUGUGAGAAAAAUAAAGGGAAAUAAUUAUGAAAAGCCCAAGAGAGAUGUCGACGGCGAGCCAUCAAUACAUUUUGAAGGAAACUGGACGUUCUUCCAAAAUUUCAACGUUUGGACAUUUUUGGACAAAAGUAAGCCUACUCCAACUGCAACGAAAAGAUCUUCAACAUUUCUACUCAGACUAUACUGGUUGCGUGUCUCGACUCCAAGUUGGCUCAUCGUUCCCGCUUAAGA